AUGGACACCUACCAGAAACCUGAGGACAAGGACCUGCAGGCCCUGAGGGAUGUGGCCAACCGGCUCAGGAUCCACUCCAUACGGGCCACCUGUGCCUCCAACUCGGGGCAUCCCACAUCCUGCUGCAGCGCUGCCGAAAUCUUGUCCGUCCUCUUCUUCAACACCAUGAGAUACGAUGCAGCUGACCCUGGCAACUUCAACAAUGACCGCUUUGUUCUGUCAAAGGGUCACGCUGCUCCCAUCCUAUAUGCUGCAUGGGCUGAAGCUGGUUAUAUUAAGGAAUCCGACCUUCUUAACCUGAGGAAAAUUGACUGCGAUUUGGAGGGCCAUCCUACACCGAAACUGCCAUUUGUUGAUGUCGCUACCGGCUCUCUUGGGCAAGGCCUGGGAGCAUCCUGUGGCAUGGCUUACACCGGGAAAUACUUUGAUAAGGCCAGUUAUCGUGUCUAUUGUCUUCUGGGCGAUGGUGAGUCUUCUGAAGGCGCUGUAUGGGAAGCCAUGGCCUUUGCAUCUCUUUACCAUCUAGACAACCUGGUAGCCAUCUUUGAUGUAAACCGUCUGGGCCAGAGUGAAGCUGCCCCUCUCCAGCACAAGACUGAGAUCUACAAGAAAAGAUGUGAAGCUUUUGGAUGGAACACCUACAUUGUGGAUGGCCAUGAUGUGGAGGAAUUGUGCUAUGCUCUCUGGCAGGCAGCCAAUGUGAAAGACAAGCCCACUGCAAUCAUUGCCAAAACCUACAAAGGAAAAGGCAUUUCAGGUGUUGAAAAUAAAGAUAACUGGCAUGGGAAACCUAUACCUAAAGACAUGGUGGAGUGCAUUAUUGAUGAGAUCAAGAACCAGAUCCAGACAAACAAGAAAGUGACUCCCUUGGCUCCCAUCAGAGAUGCUCCUAAAGUCAGUAUUGACAAUAUUACAAUGUCCACUCCUCCCAGUUACAAAGUUGGAGACAAGAUUGCAACCCGCAAAGCUUAUGGCCUUGCUCUUGCUAAACUGGGACAUGCCAACAGCCGAGUCAUUGCCCUUGAUGGAGACACCAAAAACUCCACUUUCUCUGAGAUCUUCAAGAAUGAACAUCCUGACCGCUUUAUAGAGUGCUACAUUGCUGAACAAAAUAUGGUGAGUGUGGCAAUGGGCUGCGCCACCCGAAAUCGCACUGUGGCUUUUGCCAGCACAUUUUCUGCCUUCCUUUCUAGAGCGUAUGAUCACAUUCGUAUGGGGGCCAUUUCUCAAUCUAAUGUUAACCUUUGUGGCUCACACUGUGGAGUUUCUAUUGGUGAGGAUGGUCCUUCACAAAUGGCUUUGGAGGAUAUUGCCAUGUUCCGUGCUAUUCCAUCCUGUACUGUCUUCUAUCCUAGUGAUGGUGUUUCUACAGAAUAUGCAGUCAGUCUGGCUGCCAACACUUCAGGCAUUUGUUUUAUUAGAACCAGCAGACCGGAUACUGCGAUAAUCUAUUCUCCAGAGGAAAAGUUUGAAAUUGGACAAGCAAAGGUUGUUCGUCAGAGUGCUUCUGACAGGGUGACAGUGAUCGGGGCUGGUGUCACCUUACAUGAGGCGCUGGCAGCUGCAGAAGAGCUUGCCAAACAAGACAUCAAUAUCCGAGUGAUUGAUCCAUUCACCAUUAAACCUCUGGAUGCUGCUACCAUUAUAACCAGUGGCAGAGCUACAGGUGGUCAUAUCAUUACUGUGGAGGAUCAUUACAAAGAAGGGGGCAUUGGGGAUGCAGUGGCCGCAGCCUUGGGUGGAGAGCCUGGAUUCAUCGUCCAGAGUCUGGCAGUCAGAGGGGUUCCUCGUAGUGGAAAGCCUACAGAGUUGUUAGAAAUGUUUGGCAUCAGUUCCAAGUGCAUUGUUGAAGCCGUAAAGUCGACCUUUGCAAACUAA